CUUUUACAUACGGUGACCCCUCUACUCUAGAAAAAUCACGUAAUGAGCAGGUUAUUUUAAUGCGCGCUAGGAUAUUACGCUUCCAGGGCUAUUUUAAAGAAGCCUAUCAUAUCUUACAGACAUUGCCCCGAGACGCCGGUGGGGUGGUGUUGCUGCUUAGUGCGGUGCUCUGUGAGCUUGACAGGUACGAGGAAGCAAUCCAACUGUUGGAAAGCCGCGUCACAACAGUGAAUGAUACAGCGAGGGGUGGCCGAACUAAACUUACUCUAGCCCAUGCAUACCUCUUCAAGUGUAUGCACACGUGGCUUCAUGAAGGAACCAUAGAUCGUAUUUCGCUAAGAAUUUCGAAUAAUAUCUACGAGGAUCUUAUCCGUCAGUGGCGUACUGAUACCUACUUUGAGACGAUGGACUACCUGUCGAUUGCGAUGGGCCUUGCGGUCAUUCAACAUCUAAACGACCAAGUCCAGCCCGCCCUCAACGCAUGGAGGAGAGCCCUUGCUACUUCUAUGGAAUGGCUUCCCAUUGGCUACACCAAUUUGAUCAUAUAUCAUUCCAUGAGCGAGCUCGAAAUCAGAAAGGGGGGUUACGUCUCAGCAGAUACCCUAGCUCGCCAGACAAGGGACCUGCUUUCUACAACCACCCGCCAGCAUCACUUUCUGGGCCUAGGCUCUAUCUGGCCAGACAUUAUUGGACGAUGGCGCGCUGCAUAUGGGCAGGAUCCAAUUGUCCCACCUAGGUACCUAGGUGACUAACAAGAGUACUCAUAAUCCUUGCAGUACCUAAGUUUAUCAAUGCACACACGAGUGUGCAAUGGGGCUGGCCCGAGUUAGGGGCCUAAUAGGCCUUACUGGGCUCUUCUUUUACGGCUUAUGGCACACCUUGACAAAUUAGUCACUGGGUUUAACUUUGUCUCACGCUACUUCUCACUGCUCAAAGGGCGCAAAGUUAACGUGGGAUUUCUUUUCAGCUUGUUCAUUAAAUUAUCAGACCUUCUGGGCGUUUAGGAACAAAUCCAGGGAUCGGUAAGUAACAUUAUCCAACAAUGCCUCAUUGCUACCGUGUAUAUCCACAAUACGGAUGAUUUGCACAGGCC